CACAAUUCAACACCAACUUCACCGUGAAUUUUGGUGGCAAUAACAUGGAAUGAGCUUCAUCAAAUCCAAAGUAUUAGUAUUCACAAAGAGACCACCAUCAUCCAAAGAACCCACAUUCAAAACCAUUAGAUUUUCAUGGGUUUUCUAUCUCACAUUAAUUACUUGCUGAUUUUCUUUCUCAAAUUCUCCACCUUCUAUUUGGGUCUAAGUGCUGUGAAUGAUACUAUCACAUCAACUAGAUUCAUCAGAGACGCUGACACAAUAAGCUCAAACAACGGUGACUUCAAGCUAGGCUUCUUCAGCCCUGAAAAAUCCACACUUCGCUAUGUAGCAAUAUGGUAUCUCAAUGAAUCCUACACCAUAUGGGUAGCCAACAGAGACCAACCACUUAAUGAUUCAUCUGGGGUGUUCAAAAUUCACAAGGAUGGGAAUCUUGUGGUUGUGAAUGGACAAAAUAGUGUCAUAUGGUCAACAAAUGUGUCAAUUAGUGGGAACAAUACUGCUGCUCAACUUGAUGAUUCAGGGAAGCUGACCCUGCUUGAUGACAGAAGUGGAACACCAAUAUGGGAUAGUUUCACACACCCUGCUGAUGUUGCAGUGCCAUCCAUGAAGAUUUCUGCCAACAGGGUCACAGGUAAGAAAAUUGCGUAUGUGUCAUGGAAAAGCAGCUCUGAUCCCUCGUCUGGGUACUUCACUGGGAGCCUUGAACGAUUGGAAGCUCCAGAAGUGUUCUUUUGGUACAACAAAACGAAACCGUAUUGGAGAACAGGUCCAUGGAAUGGAAGGGUCUUCCUUGGGUCACCAAGGAUGUUAACUGAGUACUUAUAUGGGUGGCGUUUUGAGCCUAAUGAUAAUGGAACUGCUUAUCUAACCUACAAUUUUGAAAACCCUUCUAUGUUUGGAAUCCUGACCAUAACCCCACAUGGCACACUUAAAUUGGUCGAGUUUAUGAACAAAAAGCAUUUUCUGGAACUUGAGGUGGAUCAAAAUAGAUGUGACUUUUAUGGGACAUGUGGGCCAUUUGGAAGCUGUGAUAACACAACAGUGUCAAUUUGCAGCUGUUUAGAGGGGUUUGAGCCAAGGAAUCAAGAGGAAUGGAAGAGUAACAAUUGGAGUAGUGGGUGUGUGAGGAAUGUGCCAUUGAAUUGUGACAAGUUGAAGAAUGGGAGUGAUGUUGAACAAGAUGGGUUUAGGGUGUACCAUAAUAUGAAAGUGCCUGACUUUGCAGAGAGAUCAAAUGCUGGCCAAGACAAAUGUGGAGCAGAUUGCUUAGCCAAUUGCUCUUGCUUGGCAUAUGCAUAUGAUUCUUAUAUUGGUUGCAUGUAUUGGAGUAGGGACUUAAUUGAUUUGCAGAAAUUUCCAAGUGGAGGGGUUGAUCUCUUCAUUCGUUUGCCAUCACAACUUCUUGUUAGUGGUAAAAAGGGAAGAGAUUCCAAGGGAUUAAUCAUUGGCAUUACCGGGGCAAUUGGAGCAUUGAUAAUUGCUGUUGGUGCUUAUCUCUUGUGGCGGAAAUGUACUCCUAAGCAUAAAGGAAGUCAGCCUCAAAACUUGAUUACCAAAGACCAAAAACAAAUUAAAUUGGAAGAGCUGCCACUUUUUGAAUUUGAAAAGCUAGUAACCGCUACAAACAACUUCCACUUAGCUAAUAUGCUUGGCAAAGGAGGUUUUGGUCCCGUAUACAAGGGACAACUAGAAAAUGGACAAGAAAUUGCUGUGAAAAGACUCUCAAAAGCAUCUGGACAAGGAUUAGAAGAAUUCAUGAAUGAAGUAGUUGUGAUUUCUAAACUUCAACAUCGCAAUCUAGUAAGACUUCUUGGUUGUUGCAUUGAACGAGAUGAACAGAUGUUGGUCUAUGAAUUUAUGCCAAAUAAGAGUUUGGAUUCGUUUCUAUUUGAUCCACUUCAACGGAAAGUUUUGGAUUGGAAAAAACGCUUCAACAUAAUUGAAGGAAUAGCUCGUGGAAUACUUUAUCUUCAUAGAGAUUCAAGACUAAGGAUUAUACAUAGAGAUCUUAAAGCAAGCAACAUCUUACUAGAUGAUGAGAUGAAUCCAAAAAUAUCAGACUUUGGCUUAGCUAAAAUUGUUAGAGGUGGUGAUAAUGAUGAAGCUAACACAAGAAGGGUUGUUGGAACUUAUGGUUAUAUGCCACCUGAAUAUGCAAUGGAAGGAAUUUUCUCAGAAAAAUCAGAUGUAUAUAGUUUUGGGGUGUUGUUGCUUGAGAUCGUAAGUGGAAGAAGAAACACAAGUUUUUAUAACAACGAGCAAUCGCUUAGCCUAGUUGGAUUUGCAUGGAAACUAUGGAAUGAAGGCAAUGUUAUGUCUAUAAUAGAUCCAGAGAUACAAGAUCCAAUGUUUGAAAAUAGUAUGUUGAGGUGCAUUCAUAUAGGACUUCUAUGUGUGCAAGAACUUACAAAAGAAAGACCAACUAUAUCCACUGUGGUUUUGAUGCUUAUAAGUGAAAUUACACAUCUUCCUCCUCCAAAGCAAGUUGCAUUUGUUCAGAAGCAAAAUUGCCAAAGUUCAGAGUCUUCUCAAAAAAGUCAUUUUAGCUCAAACAACAAUGUAACUCUAAGUGAAAUUCAAGGCAGAUAACACGGUGAGAUUAACACUGCCAUUAUUAACCAUAGUUGGUGUCUACGUCAAAUUUUGCCAAUAUUAAAAUUUAAGUCAUAUUUUUAAUAUUGGAUAAAAAUUUUCAACUGUUAUGACUCUAUUUAUGUAAUUUUACUGUUUAUAUAAUAAGAUUAAGAAUAGUAAAAGCUACUAUAUUU